AUGGAGAAGGAGAAGAGGCAGAGGGUGUCGCUGGGGCCCAUGGUGUGCGAGGAGGAGCUCAAGGCGAAGGGCGACGUGGGCAGGAUGGUGGACUGCAGCCAGGCGGACGACCGGCGCCUCAUCCGGCUGGUGAGGGAGCGCCGGCUGCUGUACGCCAGGAACAACAUGCCCGUCGCCAGCUUCUACACGCAGGUCAAGGCGCUCUGGGACGAGGUCGCCGCCGCCAUGGGAUGGACCGGUACGCGCGCACAGACACGCACGCACAAACACACACACACACACGCACACAGGGAGAGACAGAGACGUACAGACAGACAGAGAGGGAGGGAGGCGAGCGCGGGCAGGGGGCGGGGAGGGCGGGGGAGGGGGAGCGCGGCGUGUCUUUGUGUUCGUGUCUGUGUGUUUGUGUGGAGCGUUACUAUUACUGUUGCUGUGGCGGACGUCCGCCGCAAGUGGUCCCACAUCCGCAACUCGUACUCGCGCCACCUCCGCAACGAGAUGCACGGCGCCUGCACCAGCAAGGGCCGCAUGGUCAGCCGCUGGUACCUGGCCGACGAGCUGGAGUUCCUCCGGGAGCACAUGGCCACCGACAUGAGAUCGUCUCCGUACUCCAGCUUCGCCCCGACCAUGCUGGAGAUGGACAUCAACGAGUCCUCCAACUCGGAGUCGGUGGACGUGAAGCCGUUCAUCCACAGCCCCUGGUUCGCGCUGAGCGCCCCCCACUCGCCCAAGCCGGAGCCCCGCGCGCCCCCCUCCCUCCACACCGACGACAGCUCCGGCUCCUUCGCCCCCGACGAGACGUCCUCGUACUUCCAGUUCUUCAGAGGGAUCCACAACGACUACCAGGAGCUACCGCCCAAGAAACAGAGACUCUUCAAACGGAAAUGUCUCAGUCUGCUGCACGAGCUGCUGGACGGAGAGGAGAACCAGCGGGCGAGCUGCUACAGUCAGGAGAACAACGCGCUCAACCUGUCACACACGGCUCAGCACGAGGAGGCCAAGGAGCAGAAGACGCAGCUCGAAGACAGCUUUAUACUACCCAACAACUGA